AUGCCGGAUGCCAAGAGGAACACUACAGCGUCUUCUUCGGAAGAAGAAUCGUCUUCGGACGACGACAGUUUGGCAUUGGAAGGGGUCGUUGCCCGGCAUCCUGACGCCCCCUCCUCGUCGGACGAUGACGACGAAGGAGAAGAAGAACCUUGUGAGCCCACGGCUGACGAAACGGCCAAUCAAAAAGACUUUGGCACUGACAAACGCAAGGGAGCAACGACAAGGUCGUCCAAAGUUCCACCACCCAAGCGGAAAAAAUCCAACGAAUCCGAAACAAUGCAAGUCGAAUUUACCUUUCACGAUAUGGACGACAAGUUCUUUCACGGACUCAAAUCCCUCCUCCACAACAGCUGCACCACUUACCAACCACAUUCGUCGGAGCUGGUAGACUUGAUGAUAAACAAUAUUGCCGUGGGGACCGUCCUGUCGACACAAGGCGAUACGGAGAAUAACGUCUACGGCUUUGCCUCUGUCCUCAACAUUACCGAGCAUCAGCAAUCGCCCGCCAUACAGCAGCUUCAACGAUUUUGUCUCGACGGAUGCCCGGCCGAUCGGAGUGCAGAACUAGAGGUCGUCUUGUCGGGAAAAACCAAACGGCCCGCCGGCUUUGUCUUGCACGGUCGCAUGCUCAAUCUGCCUUUGGAAAUUGUCGAAGUCUUGCAGCAGCAACUCGUCUUGGAUAUGGAUUGGGCCGUCGAACACGCCGAGGGCGGUGUUGACGCGCGCAAAGCCCUCGACUUUGGAGUCUUUCUCCGACUCGCUCCCUGUCAAAAGGACAACACGGGAGCACUGGUCUAUCGCUUUUUUGACGACGAAGUGUUGGCGGGCCAAGCAGACUUUAGUUUCCUGGUGGAAGCUCCCGCCAGCUAUUCCAAGGAAGACAAAAAUUACGUAUCCGUGAUUGUUCUCACCAAAACAGGACACCGUGCCGCCAUGAAAGAUCUAGCCAAGCUCAUUCACGGAAGAUGAAGGCAUGAUCAUGCAACGUGUCUUGUUCAUGAAUGAGGGACACGCUCCCUUUAUCGAUAGCCAAUACCCUACACCGACAAACCGUAAAACCAAGUUUUUUACAAAAUUGUACCGCAUACACGUUGUUUCUGUUUGGACAAAGUUCAGCUACGAUUCAGAGUUUAACAAUAAAUUCGUACAAUUCGCGGAUUCCUCUCUACUGCCCAUCAAACUAAUUCCAUAUU